AUGUCCCUGCAAGUGCCUUCCGGGAACCCUGGAUCGGGCAACUCGGCCGGAGCGAACGUUCCCAAAAAGGUCGGCCUCGUCUUGCAGUCGUUGCCACCUAGGAACGAGACGGGUUUCGGCAAAGCUUUGGUGAGUUCUUCGGAAAGCUGACUGUCGGUAUUCGUUGAUGGUGCGGUGUGUGUCUGUGCUCGGCGCAUGUGCCCCCUCGAAUCGGACCGAUCGGAGCGGUGGUUCACGGAGCGAGAUUGAGAUCGCACGUUGGCGAGCUGGUCUUCGACGCCGCAGGAUUAUUAAGGGGGUCAAAUCAUCUCGCAAAAGAUUUGGAGCCGGCUUCCAUAUCCAAUCCGCCAGUCAUACCUCUUAUCGUACCUGCUCAGCGGGUCGUAGGACGGUGAUCGUUUGCUCCGCGAUGGAGAUUUCGCUCCAUCGUCGCUCCAUUGUCGCUCCAUCGCUUUGCCCCGGCACCACGCGCGCGCACACGCCUUUGGGACAACGUCAUCGCGCUCCAUCGCAGCUGCAUCGGAGCGGAGCCUGUGCCCGGGAUCUAUCGUCGCCGGUUUCCACAGUGCCCGCUCAUCUGGAAGCAGGGGUGAAGCGUAUGUAACUGGAGCAAUUCAACUCUUGCGGCAGAUGAAGACCGGAAAUGCACAGAGUUGGGGAUCAUGAAGCAGUUUAGUCGACUUUUCCGAGGCCGAGCUCCGUUCGGGCACAUGUGUUCGCUUCACCCUCUCCAUCACGUCUCACCUAUCGCUGCCGAUUUGCGCAACGUACUGAGCACUCCUUUUCGCGUUUAUAGUACCCCCGAACGCCUUCCAUGGUCUCGGCUGACAACCCGCCAUGGCCCGCGUACCGAGGGUACCACGAGUACUCGUUCGCUCACGUGAGUACUUACCGCGAUCAGGCCAGGAACAAGAGUUUGAAGAGGAUCCUGACUCUUUACUUUGCUUCCUUCAGGCCACGAUGAGCCAUCGUCUCCCCACCAUCUUGGCCAAGGCCAUCGAUGAUGUCAGGACAACCCUCAACGACCAGGUCAGUCUUUUUCCCAAGCUGCACAUUCUAGCAUCCGACUGCUCACAUAUCGAGUAUCCCCACAGUACGAUGAGGAGAAGAUCGUGGAUCUCGUCGAGUGCAUGGAGAGGAUGGAGGACUUGAUGGACGAUUUGCAGAGCAACGCGACCCUCCGACCCAUCAUCGAUGACGGCGAGGGAGAUAUUCCUUUGUGGAACAAGGAGAUCGCCAAGGUAUGUUCUUGGUCGCCAUGCCGGAGCAUUGACAGAAAAUUGUGUGUGCUCACGUAGCUCGACGUGGACCCACAGUACUUCCGAGGCAAGGACUUCAUGAACGCCCCCUGGUUGUUUGCCGAGGCUUACAAGUACCGUCGGUAUGUCAUCAACGCAAAUCUUUGACGUUUGGCAUUGAGCUGACGGCGCCUCUGCUCAAUCCAUUAGUCUGCAUGAGUGCUUCUCUCUCUCCAAGUUCUGGAAGAGCUACGAUGUUUUCUUCCGUCAAAGUUAGUGCUCGCCCUUUCAAUUAUGCAGUCGAGACUGAACGCUCACCAUACCGUCUACGUUGACAGAGUGCGAGACCUUCUCUCGCUCCGGUGACGCCGUCUUUGAGCUGUCGACCCGUUUCGCCGAUCCCUACGUCAUCGACGAGAAGCUCUCGGCCGAGGACCAGCUCAAGGCCAAGAAGCUCAUCUUCCACGAGUUGACCCAAGUCGCCCUCUGGGGUAACGCCACCGACUUGUCGCUCCUCAUCAACGUGAGUUUGCUUGAAUGCUGGACAGGUCCACAUGUUGGAGAGGCACUGACGCAGAUUCCUUCUCGACAAUUCAACAGAUGACCGAGGACGACAUCAAGAACCUACAGUCGACCGGUGGUGACCACCUCGCCGCGACCGAGAAGAACAUCCUCGGCAACCACCUCGAGAAGGUCUGGGACUUGAUCUCGUCGCCCAACUUUGGUAACGGCAAGAAGGGUGGCCGAAUUGACAUCGGUGAGUGGAGUGGAGAGAAGAGCGGGCAGCAAACGAUGUUCAGUCGGCUGACGAGUGCUGCACUUACUGGUCCCAGUCCUCGAUAACGGUGGAUUCGAGUUGCACUGCGACAUGGUCUACGCCGACUUCUUGAUCCAAUCUGGUCUUGCUUCGCAGGUCCGAUUCCACGGCAAGGUUCGUGCAGAUUCUGAACGGAUUCUCCUCUACAGCCCAAAGACUGAACCCUAAUUCUGUACCACCUGCAGCGCUUCGCUUGGUUCGUGUCGGACGUCACUCGCCCCGAUUUCGACUGGCUCAUCAACCAGACGGUCUACGGUCACCUCUUCCCCGAUGCCAGCGAGGACCAAGUCGCUUCGCUGCGCUUGAUGGGUCAGCGCUGGCAAAAGUACGUCAAGGAGGGUAUCUUCGUCUAUGAGCAGCACCCCUUCUGGAUCUCCGGCGUAAGCAUUCUCCUCUACUGGCCCGAGUCGUGCCUCCCGAACCGCCAGCUGACCAGCGCCGGGCACCAUUGAUCCUCAGUGGACCUACUGGCACUUGAAGCGCGAGGCCCCUGAUCUUUUCCUCCACCUCGCCGACUCGGAUCUCGUCAUCUUCAAGGGUGAUCUCAACCACCGCAAAUUGACCUACGAUUGCCACGCCCCUCACGACACCCCCUUCGACGUCGCCAUCGGUCCUCUCGGCUCUGACGCCGGCGCACCUCCCGUCCUGACGCUCCGCACGAUCAAGAGUGAUGUCGUCGUUGGUAUCCCCGCUGAGGAGGGCGUUCGUUUGGACAAGGAGGAGCCCGGAUGGAAGAUCUCGGCCAAGGUGUGUUCAUCUAGGCUUGAUGUUGCCGCCGUCGCAGUAUCACUGACCGACUGAUUCUUCCAUCUCACUUGCAGUACGCCGUUGUCCUCCUCUCGGAAGGCCACAAGGGCGAGCCCAUCGCUUUCGUGUGA